AUGAGUACUCAAUCGAAUCCGUUCCAUCCGUGGCCACCUGGUUCAGCUAAAUGGCAACUUCAACAAUACCUGAAAGGCAGCGGUCCACCUCCGACUAAGCAGCUGAAGGCGACUCCGCCACCAGUGAUCCAUAAACAAGUACCAAGUCCCAUCUCACCAGGACAUCUCAUCUCACCAACACCCUCUCGCUAUAGUAAAGUAGGUGAAUUGUGGAAUGAAGUUAAGAGUUUUUCUAUUAUAUUCAACAUCUAUUGGCUCUAUUGGUUUCUUGGGGUACAAAAAGCGAUGUUGGCUUGA